AAACAGGAAGACGCCAGCCAACAGUACCUGAACUGCCGACAGUUUUAGGCUCUAGUACCUAUAAACACUUAGCAUGCUACACAACCGGAGUAACAAAGUCCCAAAGCAACACAUAGAAAUUACACAUUCAUCAGAUCAGAAGGGAGAGAUACCAGAAAGAGAGCAAUGUCGACCCAGACCAUAGAGGUUCCUACAGACGCUGAGUUGCUGCAGGCACAGGCUGACCUGUGGCGGCACAGCCUCUACUACCUCUCCUCCAUGGGGCUUCGAUGCGCCGUCGAGCUUGAGAUCCCGACUACCAUCCACCACCUCGGCGGGGUCACCUCGCUGCCCGACCUGAUGUCCGCGCUGUCCCUUCCCCCGGGUAAGAUGUCGUUCCUCGCCCGUCUCAUGCGUGUGCUCGUCACGUCAGGCGUCUUCGCAGCCGACAUCGGCUCCGAGUCCGGCGUGGAGCUCUACCGCCUCACCCCGUUGUCCCGCGUCCUGGUGCAUGGUGUCGUUGCGGAUGAGCACCACAGCCAGAAGUAUUUCGUGCUCGGUGUGACCUCUCCACAUUACACGGAGGCGGCAUUCGGGCUCGCCAAUUGGUUCAAGAAGGACCAUGAGCCGCCAGUACCGUCGUCCUUCGAGGACAUCUUUGGUGUGCCACUUUGUGAUGAGAAAACACCGCUCCUCGACAAAGAACUUGACAAGGUUGUUAAUCUGGGCUUGGCUGCUCACGACAACCUAGGGAUAGCCACCAUUCUGCGGGAGUGCCAUGACAUUUUCAAGGGGCUAGAGUCUCUUACCGACUGUGGUGGUGGCGAUGGCACCACGGCGAGAGCUAUCAUCAAGGCUUACCCACACAUUAAGUGCACUGUGUUGGACCUUCCGAAGGUAGUUGACAAAGCCCCAGCAGAUGGUGUCAUCAACUAUGUCCCGGGUGACUUGUUCCACUUAGUCCCAUCAUCACAAGCUGUAAUGCUGAAGCUUGUGCUACACAUCUGGAACGAUGAGGAUUGUGUGAAAAUCCUAGCUCAGUGCAAGAAGGCAAUUCCUUCACGUGAGGAGGGAGGGAAGGUCAUAAUCAUAGAAAUUGUGGUUGAACCCUCCUUAGGGCCAAUCAUGUUUGAAGCCCAACUGUUCAUGGAUAUGCUCAUGAUGGUGAACUCAAAAGGAGGCCAACGAGGUGAAAACGAUUGGCGCAAGCUAUUCAUGAAAGCAGGCUUCACGGACUACAAAAUUGUGAAGAAACUGGGAGCUCGGAGCAUCAUUGAAGUUUACCCGUAAGGUGUUGUGCCCUAAUUUAAGUGUAUAAUAAAACGAGUGCUUUUUCAUUUAAGUAAGUCGUAUGGAUUGUUUAGUACUUCGAGCUUAAGUGUCAAGCUUAGUUGUAUAAUGUCCAUUUCGGGGCGUAUCGAAGCACUUAGUCUAUAUAUCUAUGCAUCAUCUUGUUGUUCUGCUACAACAAGGGUUUUGCUGUUUGUUUUAGUGCCUACUCACAAUGGGUUCAACACAUAUCGGAAGAUCUGAAUUUCCUAUAAUAUUUGAAAGCGCGUGCUAAGAAGUUGUAAGCCUGCUGAAUUUCUUGUUCAUGAUCUCCAAUACUACUUGUUUGUCUACUUUUCGGUUUA